ACAGAAAAACUAGAAAUAUAUUGCCAUACAAAACCCUCUGCAUCUGAAUAGCAUACACAAGUAAGUCAUGUCUAACGAUUGGGCAGCUAAGUUAGCUAUCAGUUCAUCCAAAUCAACCAACAUACCCCCACAAAACUCCCAGAACGCAAACAAACCCAAAAGAAAGCAAUCAACUCCUCCUUCGAGUGGAUCAUCAAAUAAACCAACGCCAGAAGUAGAAUCUAGAUUCAACUCAUCAGAAGUAUUGGACUAUCUCAAUUCCAACCAUACUAAGUACCUACAAUUAGCCAAACAAGAUAAAGAAGGGGAACAGGUUAAAAUAUACCGAUCAUUAGAAGCUUCAUCGCAAUGGACCACCACUACAAAGCCAGUAAAUCCCAGUGGGAAAUAUAACGCUAAAGACGUAAUUAGAAAUAAAUCGGGAACGACUAAUAACACAUUAGAUUUAUUAUUUGAAAUUAAUAGAUCGAUUUAUCAGCAGAAGGAAUCAAGGUGAUACCGAGAAAUACCACAUAUUAACAAAGAAAGCUUACUUCGGAUGGACCAGCCUACGCUUGUGUUCCGAUGGGUGGGAAAGAAAUAACUGUGCACGCGCUGAGUACAAAGACGAGGAAGGAAAGCUACCUCCACCAACCCACCCGGGAAAUUUUGUUCCUUCAGUCCACACCCACACGGAAGUUUAAAACCGUUCGCAAUUUUUUAGUCAUCAGUUAAUAAUUAAUACAU